AUGCAGCAGCCAGCGGCUGGUGACAGAGGCACAGCCGUUCCCUUGCUGUAUCCAUCCCAGACCAGCCUCGCUGCUGACCUGUACCAUACGCACCGCGUCAUUGAGGACCCCGAGUGGUCCCUCGCCACUGUCCCCCACCUCACUGAGCUCUGCCUCCAGCACAUCAUUCACAAUUUUGAAAAGAACCCUAUUUUGGACCAUCUUCUGCCUGAGCACCAAAGGAAGGUGCUGGACAGGCUCUCCACUGGCCUUCCACUCGCUGUGACUGCCAACCUAAUAAGCGAUGAGGACUACUGGAAGAGGUGCUGCACUGAGCGCUGGCCAGUGUGUGACAUCUCCAACUAUGGAGACAGCUGGAAACGGAUGUUCUUUGAACGUCACCUGGAGAACAUCCUGAAAUGUUUCAUCCCUAACACCACAGACCCCAACCAGGUCCUAGAGCUCAUCCCGCUCUGCAAAGACUAUGUGCGGAAACUGGAGGUUGAUCAGUUCCUGCCACCAGUGCAGGUGGAUCAAAAGGAGGAGAGGGAUGACCUCUCUGAUACAGGGAGUGAUUUUGGAUUCGGCGAGGUGUCCGUGAAUCACUACAACCUGGGAGUCCUCAUUACUGCUCUCCCUCACCUUGAAGAGCUUCAUCUCACUUAUGGCGUGAAGGACUGUGGCAUGAACUUCGAGUGGAACCUCUUUAACUUCACCCACCAGGACUGCCGCAACCUGGCUGUCGCCGUGAAGAUGUGCCACAACUUGAAAGUUUUCAAGCUGACGCGAAGCAAAGUGGAUGAUGACAAGACCAGGCUGCUGGUCCGUAACUUGCUGGAUCACCCCUGCUUGGUGGAGCUGAACUUGUCCCACAAUCUCAUCAGGGACAAGGGGGCACAAGCCAUUGGCAAGUUGAUCAACCGCAGCAGAUUAAAAACCCUCAAUUUGUGUAACAACCAGAUUCAUCACCUGGGGGCUCAGGCUCUUGCUGGAGCCCUGGCUGAGAACUCCACCCUGACCUCCCUCAAUCUGCGCCUCAACUGCGUGGAGGACAAAGGCGGGGAGGCGAUCGGCCAUGCCCUGCUGACCAACACCACCCUGAAGUUCAUCCACCUGGGAAGUAAUAACCUGUCAGAGCCAACCGCUAGGCUUUUCUCCCAGGUCCUGGCUCAGAACACCACCCUGACGAGUAUCAACUUCUCAUGCAACCACCUGGGGCCGGAUGGUGGGCAGCAGCUGCUUGACGGGCUGGUGGAUAACAAGACUUUGACCGAGUUCGACCUCCGCCUGGCAGAGGUGGGCGACGAGACUGAGUACCUCAUUCACCAAAUUGUGUGGGCCAACCGGGAAGCGGCGAGACAGGGGUCUCUGCAGCACCCCCCCACCAAACCCCUCUGA